AUGACCGAAAUACCCCAAGUUCAGACCGUUGCGCUUGUCCGCGAGCUUGGUGGUCCUGUCGAGUUCGUCGAGGACUAUCCAGUUCCUACUCCCAGGACCGACGAAGUUUUGGCUAAGAUUCUGUACACUGGGGUGUGCCAAAGUGAUCUCCACACGAAGAACGGCACCGCUGCUGGUUCUGACGGGACCCCAAUCACAAAGAUCAAGCUCCCUCAUGUCGGCGGCCAUGAAGGCGUUGGGCGUAUCAUUGCCCUGGGUCCCGGUUGCGGCCCGGACUUGAAAGUCGGAACUCUUGUUGGGAUCCGCUUUUCCAGCCGUAUCUGCAGACGAUGCGAGUUCUGCCUCGCGGGAACAGAGCAAUACUGCUUGAACAGUACCAACCAUCUCCACCAUGAAGAUGGCAGUUUCCAGCAGUACAUCGCUCUCGAUGCGGACUACCUGACGAUUUUACCCGAUGAUGUUGAUCCCAAGGUCAUCGGACCGGUUUUGUGUGCCGGUCUUACUGCGUACAAAGCAGUCUUAGGUGCGAACAUCCGCCCAGGGAACUGGCUUGUCGUUGUCGGUGCAGGUGGAGGUCUCGGGCAUCUCGCCGUGCAAUAUGCCAGGGCUUUUGGCGCCCAAGUAAUCGGCGUGGAUGCCCCGGACAAGCGUGAUUUUGUACUCGGCCUCGGAGCCACCGAGUUUGUCGACUUUGUUAACUCAGACCCUAUCCAGCGUGUCCACGAAAUCACCCGUCUAGGCGCACACGCUGCGGUGGUCACAGCGGGGAGCGCCAAGGCCUUUGCCCAUGCUUGUGAGAUGCUCCGUGUUGGAGGGACCCUCAGCUGCGUGGGAAUUCCGCCUGGACGUCCGGUGCUCGAGACGCCGAUCUGCACAAUCGUGAUCAAGGGACUGAAAGUUAGUGGGAAUCUGGUAGGUUCGUUGAAGGAGUGUAUGGAGGCGGUUGACCUAGUUCGGCGUGGUAUGGUGAAGCCAGAGGUGAAGGUCCGACCAUUCAGAGACCUUCCCGCUGUGUAUGAAGAGAUGGAGAGGGGAGAUAUUGCAGGGAGGAUUGUGCUGGAGGUUGAGUAA